AUUGGUCUCUGUCACUGUUAAUCCAGCUCGGUUGUGCCUCUGAGCAUUGUCGUACUUUCUGCAAUCUGCCAAUUUCCCAACGGAUGGACAGCGACAGAACACUUUAAAGCACCAGGGUUUUUGUCUGUGUUUGGACCUCCAGCUUGUGGGGGCUUCAGUCCGGGUCAGAGGUGGUUCUCGGCUCCUGAACCCAGCCAUGAAGUCCCGUCCAGGAGCUGCGGCUGUGCUGCUGCCCAUCGCUCUCUGCCUCAGUUUGGCUCCGGUGUGUUUGGGAGCUGCCAUCCCCGCUGCGUGUGGGACCAUUUACAAGAGCUUCGCUCAGUGUCUCAUCUCACUUGGGGACAGUUUGGUGGAAACACAGAAAGACCAGAACACACAGGACAUCGACUCAAUCUGCAGGUCCUGGAAUACUUUCCAUGUCUGCGCCAGCGCCGCCCUGGCCGGCUGUCCAGGAGAAGCGGCAGCUAUCUGGGAGUCUCUGAGACAAGAGUCCAGGAAGACCCAGUUUUCCGGAAACCUCUACGACAUGUGCGCCAGCCGGACCACCCUCCCCCCCAGCGCUCUGCCUGCACCCGACAGCUCUGCCACCUCGGACCAGACGAACAAGGAGACUCUGAAGGGCCGUGCACACAAACACGGCUCGGCCAGCAUCUCAGCGCUGCUGCCUGUGUGCAGCAUGCUGCUGCUGCUGUCCCUCAGGAGUUAGUCACUCCCAACAGAGACGCUCAUGCAGCAAAGAUUGAACAAGCUACAGGCUUUUAAACUGGAGAUGCCACCGUGAGAGGCUGGGUGAUUGUUGACCAGAGUGAAUGCUGUGCUCUUGUGGAUUUGCUCUUCAGAGAGCCUGAAGCAAAGUUUCUGGUUUAAUGUUUAUAGAUAUAAAUGUUUUUAUCUAACUGAUGCUCCACCUGCUGUCCAGUUCACAAUGGAGAAGAUGUUGAAUUUAACUUACUGGAUUUGUUCUGGUUCAUAUAAGAUGGGGCAUUUUUGAUACUGUGCAGAAGUCUUGGGCCUCUUAGUCUCUUCAUAUUUCUCAGAAAUGGACUUAGACGUUUUUGCAAUCUUUUUAAAGUUGCCUAGGACAUUGUUUUCCAAGUAUUUUGUGUUUUGUUUUAAGCUUCUUAUGAAAACAAGACCCCAUGACAGAGAAUUACAUUUCAACAUCUCUUGAGAAGAGAAAAUAAAAGACUAUAAAUGUCCUUUAUUGUUCCUCCAGGGGGGAAAUUCAGGUGUACCAGCAGCAACGCGACAGGCAGGUCGAUUAAUGUAGAAUUACACAAAAACAAAAACAUAAAAGCAGAACUAGCAAUAACGUGUUGUACAGUGAGGGCUAAUUUACAACAUAAGAAAAGACUACAAUUAAUGAAAACCAUAAAUGUGCAGUCAAAUAAGAUGAUUUAAAAAAUGGUAUAAAAAGCAACAACAAACAUUUACCAGAAUUGAAAACAAUCAGUGCAAACAUCAGCAGGGAUGAAAACACUGAUUGAGUUUGAUGCAGCCGUCUGUCACUGAAGGAGCUUCCCAGCAUCAAGUUAAAGUCCUAGUUAAAGUCCAUCUGUCUCCCACUACCUGCAUGGGGUCAAAGGGCAUCCUAAAAGAGUAUUAAGCGUUUUUAGAUGAGGCUUGUUGACAGAYUUGAUUACAAACUGGAUAAUUACGCAUCUCUCAAGUUCUGUGUCGGGUUUUCUAACUUAUUCUGAUCAUCUAUCCUGAAAUAACAUAAAUGCCAGUAAAAAUGGAACCAGAGUAGAAAAAACUUGAAAGUGAAUUUAUUCUGAUCAAGAUCAUUAGAAGAUUGGCUCAUUUGAGGCAAAUUUAAAGAAAGUAUGAGAGACUCAAGACUUUUUGCAAAGCACUGUACCCAUUCAGCUAUUAGAUAAAUAUUAAGAGUUUAAUACUCUGUGCUGGGGGUUUCUUUCUGCCAACCAUUCCUCUUCCUUUAACAGAUUUUUUUUAUUAAGCAAUUAUUUAAACAACAAAAUCUGAAAUAAAACCUGAAUCCAGCAAGAAUAUUUGAUAUAAACUGUUUUCUUUUUUCCACUUCUGAAGAAGAAAAUGAGAUUUUUAAACAAUGCUGUAAAUCCUUAUGUACAUGUAAUCAUUUCAUGUUUAUGCAGCGGCAGCUUUGUGCAAAAUGUUUUGCUGUGUAGCCAGUUUUAAUAAUCAGAAAGUUAAAACCCUUCUUGUUUCUACAUUUGGAUGUGUAAUGACAUUUCAUCCUCCGCUUUAAGAGUUAUCAUUCAGUUGAACGUUUUCCCCCCAGAACCUUUUAUUAAAAGGUUCUGAUUUUAAAAGAAAACUGAAAGAAAGAGGUUCCUCUUAAAGAAAAAAACAAACAAACUUUUACCUGUAAAUGAAACUGCUGGAGCUCCUUCCAUGUCUGCGUUCUUGUCAUGGUUUGUUUGCCUCUUUGUGUAAAACUGAUUUUCAAACUAAUUGCUGAUUCGAAGGAGUGUGAACAGAAAUAAAGCAGUUCUUUUAAGAGCGAA